AGUUCGUUAAUUUGGUUGCGGUAAGAAAUCAUGGAAAGCGAUCAGUCCAGAUCUCCAAAUGAAUCACAGGAUACCGCCAACAACGCAGAUCCUGUCCUUAUUUCACCUCCAACCACUUUGCCGUAUGAGGACAACAUCGGUCAUGGUCCAAAUGAUCACCCGACAACUGAUGAUGCAGAACGGGAAAAGUGUGAUCCUGUAUCAACGAAGCCAGCUACAUCAUGCGCGCAAAUAUCUGAUGACCAGCCGAUUAAAAAACGGAAAGAGCGGUCGCCAUCUGAACCGAAAUAUGGCGAAGACGGCGAAGAAAUAUUCUACGUGGAAAAGAUUCUCAAGAAAAAGACAACCAAAACUGGACAACCGCUAUAUUUCGUGAAGUGGAAAAAUUAUUCUGAGAAAUACAACACCUGGGAGCCUCCGUCGAGUUUUAACAGUGCUUCUGUUAUUCGGCAGUACGAAAGAAAACUGCAACGGGAAAUAAAAAAGAAAGCUGAGCGUGCUCGGAAACGAUAUGUAAUGGCGCGAGAUCCCGACCCGGACUAUGAUGACGUGCCAAAGUAUCUAAAAACUAAGAGAAUCCAGAAGGAAACCAGUACCGGUUCGAGAGAUCAGAGUGAGGCAUCUGAGCGAGAAAAGGUCACUGUCAAAUGUGAAUCGCCCAGUGUGGCUACCGCUUCCCACCAAGACGGAAAGGCAGCACCAGAAACGUUUUCGAUUGAAAAACUUAUUCAACAAGAAACGGCCAGUCUGCUACUUGUCGAAGAUAAACCUGUGCUGACAGAAGUGGUUUCCGCCACCUGCAGCUCUCCUGGUCAUCCUAAGGAUCACGAUGCGCUUGAUGGGGCACCAGAAAUCAGUUGCACGCAGACGUCCACCGUACCAGAAUCAGAAAAUAAAACUCAGCCGACCAUAAAUUCGCAUUUUAUGGAGCUCUCGGCGGAGGAUCUACAGAGGAUUGAGCAAAGGAAAAGAAGUUAUAAAUGCGCCAAGAAAUCCGUAAAAUCAGAAAAGAAGGUCAGGCAAAACGUAAUUAACGACGUUGCUAUCGGAAAUACUGUGAAGACAGAAAAUUCCCUAAAUGAAUUUGCUAAACCGAAAAAAGCAUCGAAGAUCGAAGCGCUGCUACUAGUCAAGCGGAACAAGUUAGUCAAUGCAGAUGUGGAAGCACCUACACUUUUCGGGAAUGGACAGUCUAACAACGUGGCCACGGUUUUACCGGUACCCAUUCGAAAGGCUGCAAGCAAGCAACCGUUUCAAAAUCAGCCGGUAAGCGCGGCCAUCUACGUAUCGGAUGACGACAGUUCCGGAGAAGAGUAUUUCAAUGAUGACCAAGACGCCAUUUCGGAGUUUACCGUCAUUAAAGACGGUACUCAAAGUAUUGUUUUCGAGGAAUCCCGAUCUCGUUUUACUGGUUUCAAAAAUCCCUCCACCCAUCGAUGAUUAUCAGAUAUUUUUACAAACAAACCGAUUUUAUUCAACAGAUUGUCGCUCCCACAUGAACAGAAACUAAUGUAUAUAGGUAAAGUUUUUUGGUACGGCUUGCAUUGUUCUCGUAUAUUACUAGACUGUUGUCGUACACUGUCACGAAUGUUAGAAGCAAGGAUGUUUUUCUUGUAUUUCCCUGCCA